AGCGCCGAGCGGCGCGAGGAGAUGCUAGAGGGCGCCGCGCCGCCGGCACCAUGCGCCCCCCGGCCGCGCGGGCCCUGGCCGCGCUCUGCCUGCUGGCGCUGCCCGCCGCUGCCGCCACCGCCGCCUACUUCGGCUUGACCGGGCGCGAGGUCCUGACGCCCUUCCCCGGCCUGGGCACCGCGGCGGCCCCGGCACAGGGGGGCGCCCACCUGAAGCAGUGCGACCUGCUGAAGCUGUCCCGCCGGCAGAAGCAGCUGUGCCGGCGCGAGCCCGGCCUGGCAGAGACCCUGCGGGACGCCGCGCGCCUCGGCCUGCUCGAGUGCCAGUUCCAGUUCCGGCAGGAGCGCUGGAACUGCAGCCUGGAGGGGAGGACCGGGCUGCUCAAGAGAGGCUUCAAGGAGACGGCCUUCCUGUACGCAGUGUCCUCGGCCGCCCUCACCCACGCGCUGGCCCGGGCCUGCAGCGCCGGGCGCAUGGAGCGCUGCACCUGCGAUGACUCCCCGGGGCUGCAGAGCCGGCAGGCCUGGCAGUGGGGCGUGUGUGGCGACAACCUCAAGUACAGCACCAAGUUUCUGAGCAACUUCCUGGGACCCAAGCGAGGAAGCAAGGACCUGCGGGCACGGGUGGACGCCCACAACACCCACGUGGGCAUCAAGGCUGUGAAGAGCGGCCUCAGGACCACGUGUAAGUGCCACGGCGUGUCGGGCUCCUGUGCGGUGCGCACCUGCUGGAAGCAGCUUGCCCCGUUCCGCGAGACGGGCGAGGUGCUGAAACUGCGCUAUGACUCGGCUGUCAAGGUGUCCAGCGCCACCAACGAGGCCUUGGGCCGCCUGGAGCUCUGGGCCCCCUCCAAGCCAGGCAGCCCCGCCAAGGGCCUGGCCCCCCGGCCCGGGGACCUGGUCUACCUGGAAGACUCGCCCAGCUUCUGCCGGCCCAGCAAGUACUCUCCCGGCACGGCGGGCAGGGUGUGCUCCCGGGAGGCCAGCUGCGGCAGCCUGUGCUGCGGGCGGGGCUACGACACGCAGAGUCGCCUGGUGGCCUUCUCCUGCCACUGCCAGGUGCAGUGGUGCUGCUACGUGGAGUGCCAGCAGUGCGUGCAGGAGGAGCUGGUGUACACCUGUAAGCACUAGGCCUGCUGCCCAGGCAGCCAACCAGGCGCGGCCAGGGCUGCCUUUGGUGCCUGUCCAGCAGCCCCUCUGGGCGGGCAUGCCCGGCACGCACACACACACCGAGGGAUGUGCCAACGCCCGUGAGCGGGCAGCUCACCGUCCCUGGCCAGCUUUUUGUCUGCCCGCAAUCCCAGCAGUCAGCAAAGGGAAGCCAAGCCCCAUCCCUGAAGCAAGGGCCCCCAACCUCGUGGAGAACUGGGAGCCAGAGGCAGGAGUGGAAAGGGAAGCGAAUGAGAUAAGGGAGACCACAAGGAGGGCAGGACCAGGUUCCGGGGGCGGGGGCUCUCCCUGGGACGCAUGCUGGCAGGUGCACUUUUGGGCUGAUGACGGGAGCCAAGGUGGGCGUCAGCUGGUGUGGGGCGGUCUAGCCCCCAGCCCUGCUCCAGUUGCAGGGAGCUCUGGGUGCCCCACACCUUCUCUACCCCUGUGGCUUCCCUUCCCCUGUCAUGGGCAGAGAGGCCAGGGGGAAGGAGCUGCUUAUAUGGAGGAAGGAAAACUGUCUGGGCUCGAGGGGACCGCGGCCAGAUUCAUGCCUGGAAACCCUGGGUUAAAUGGGCCCGCACUGAGGCCUUGCUCCUGUCUUGGAGUUACCCACAAUAAGGCCAGCCGUGGAGGGAGCGCAGUGGGGAGAGCCAGUCCCCAGGGUGUGCAGGGAGAGGGCGACCUCCCCCGACUUUCCCAGCCCAGAGAAGGAGGACAGUCUCCUGGCACCCAGCAGGCAGGGGCCAAGCUCAGCUUCUCAGCCUGCUCUGGGGUCUGCUCCGUGGCCGAGGCCCGCCCGGGCUGGGAGACCCCCGGCGCGACUGAGGUUUGUGCUGUGGGGCGGUGGGCUCCUCAGUCAGAAGCGACUGCUCCUCUAACGCGGGCCUGGCCCCGGCUGCAGCUGUCCGGUGCUGAGCCUCGGCCGAGCCCGGCGCCUCGGAGGCCCCUUAUUUCCCAGCAGCCCUUACCUUGUCCUCAUGUGGGCUCCGACCUGAGGACCGGAAGUGACUUCGCAAACUUCCUCAGCUCCCGUGGCCGUUUCCUGUGCCACCUGCCAGGGCCACGUGCAGGAGGGAGAGAGCGACUGGCACAGAGGUGGCCCCGCCUGGGCCGGGCACAGGGCCCCGCUGAGCAGCACACGCCUCUCUGGCACUGGACAGAGGCUGCGUCGGGGUCACUUUGCUGUGUGCUUGCCCAGAGCAGGGCCCAAGGCCAGCUGGGAGGAAGUGACCUCCUCCGGGAAGCCCCUGGCCGCUUGGCCGGCCCUGCCGCGCCCUCUGUCAGCUUCCGCUCUCGCUGAACCCGGUGGUGCUGACCCUCGGCUUGAACAGGAAACUCCAGCCUCGCCGAGGGCUCGAAACCUCGUCCGUGGCAGCUCCAGGGGCGGGAGGAGCUGCCUGGCUCUGGUGGGUCAGGCCUGGGGCAUCUGGAGGACCUUGGAUGACCGGGGCUCAGCGCAGGAGGAGACCUCUCUCACUCCACUGCCUGUGCUCACCCAGGUGGCUGGUGGGAGAAGAGUCAAGGACUGCUUUUCUAGAUAUUUCUACAUCCUUGCUGCCUGGACACUCUCUCUCUGCUUCUCUGGGACCCCCAGCUCUGCCUCCAUCCUGGCUCAUGGGCAGGAGGAGGGGCUUGGGGGCAACUUGGGAGCCAGGGCUCCCUGAUCCCACAGCGUGCGGUCUGCACCCCGACUCCAUGGCCAGCAGAGCCCAGCAGCAGGCUCGGGGGGCCUCAGCUCAUGGGCCCUCUCUGUGAAGCCCCUUCCUCCCCGCCCCCACUCUGCUCCCACCCUUCCCCCUCCAGUCACCCCCAGGGAUCCCCCACAGCCCUGCUGGGUCCCCUGGGCACCAGAGUGGCCACGGACCCCUCCCUCUACAGCUUUAAGGGAAAUUCUCACAGGGUAUUUUGUCUACCUCACAUAUAUAGUUUUUAGGGCAAAAGAGAAUAAUUUAUACAGCUAUGCUAAAUGGGAAAGUAUUUAUGUUAUUUAUAUAGUUUCUAUAUUUCAUGGGCAGCACAUGUAGGGGUGUAUGUUGCCCGGGAGCCAUCUGUCUGGGGAGAUUGGCCCCGGGCCCCCUGGAGUCCCCGCUGAGCUGGACACAGGCAGGUGGGGCGGAGCCUGGGUCUCGGGGCCGGGUGCCCUCUUUGCUGGGCUGUGGAGAUGCUAUGCUCUGGUAGGAGAGCUUGGCUGGGGGUGGUCCUGACCGCACGGGGAGCGGGGCACCCGGCCUGCGGGGAACACGUUCAGGGCUCAGAAAUGCGCUGUGCCUCUUGUGUCUGUCGCUCCCUCCACAGUCCCGGCGAGGCGGGUGGGGCCGUGCGGAGAGGGGAGGGCUGUGCUGGAAGCCACACUGCAGAGAUGUGUUCCGGGACUAUUUGCAGACCAUCUGCAAAGCCGGGCACUACAGCAGCUGACCUCCCUCCAGCCCAGCGUCUCAGGGAAGAAGCCACUGGAUCCGGGUGGCCAGCAGGCAUUUCCCUCUAGCGGGGUCCCUGGCUUUUCGGGGACCGUGACUGUGAGGGACCCGGAGAGAUAAGGAUGGCGUGGACAGCCCCUGCCCACAUGGCCCCAGGCGGUUGGGCGAGUGCGCCCGGCUCCUGUUCGCUCUUAUUCAUGCUUUUCUUUCGAAGAAUGAAUCGUUCCGCACUGGAUUUCUGGCCAGCCUAGAAGAAUCAGGUGCACAGGCAACCCAGACCUGCAUUCCCACCUGGCUGUUAGCACGAGGGAGCCCACUGGACAAAGUGCCUGGGGCCACAGGUGGCCAGGCGCCCCUGCCCCCGCCCUCCCUCGCCCCUGGACACCCCUGCCCGGCUCCUAGGACCCGCAGUGCCCCCCGCCCUCUGGUCUGCAAACAUGCGACCCCGCGGGCAGACCCAGGCCACCCUGCAGAGUGCUUCUUGCUUUCUAAAGCUUCCUAACAACCAUGAACUUCAAGAGCUUUCGGUCUCAGCACAUUGUAGAGCCGCAAAGGGGAGCCUUCGUCUCCUGAUCACUCAGCCGAUGGGCAAGUCCCUGCCUCGGAGUGUUGACAUCCCCAUAGGGGAGAAGGACAAUAAACCGACAAACUCCUCACUGUAA